ACUCCUGCUAAUGCAAGAACCUAUAUUUAGCCAUCAUCAUAGGGUCCACAAAUUUGUGUGAACCUUACCAAAUCCUGUCUUGCCUUCUCUGUCAUCUUAUCCUUAAAACUCUCCACUUUUCAAAUCUCAUGAAAAUUCGAGGUUUUUACUCCCUUGUAGCAAAAAAAAUAAAGAAAACCUUUCUCAUCACAAGAGUUUGUUUCAGCUUUCUUAGCUGUUCAGUUCCAUAAAUUUUCUAUAUUUACACAUACACACACCAUCUUCUGUUUCACUGGAAUAGUUGAGACUUGUUUGGCUGGCUAGCUACAAUAAUAAUAAUAAUAAUGGAGGGUGGUGAUAUUUACAAAGCCAGUAGCAGUUUGUUACGAGCAAGCAGUUCUUCAGCAUGGAGGAACACGUCCAUGGACGCUUUUUCGAGGUCUUCGCACAGAGUAGACGACGACGACGACGACGAAGAGGCUCUCAAAUGGGCUGCACUUGAGAGGCUUCCUACUUAUAGUCGUUUAAGGAAAGGCUUGUUGACCUCUUCACACGGAGAGAUCAAUGAAAUCGAUGUCUCUGAUAUUGGAUUACAAGAAAGAAAGAAACUGCUCGAGAGAUUGGUUAAGGUUGCUGAAGAAGACAAUGAGAAGUUUUUGUUGAAACUCAGGGAAAGAAUUGAUCGAGUUGGGAUUGAGAUUCCGACAAUCGAAGUUCGGUUUGAGCUUUUGAACGUCGAGGCAGAGGCUUAUGUUGGAAGUAGAGCGAUGCCGACAUUCUUCAACUUCGUGAUCAAUAUAUUUGAGAAUUGCUUGAAUUGUCUCCAUAUUCUUCCAAGCAAAAAGAAGCAUAUGAAUAUCCUUAAAAAAGUUAAUGGAAUUGUGAGACCACGUAGGAUGACACUACUUUUGGGUCCUCCAAGUUCUGGAAAAACCACACUCCUUUUGGCUCUUGCGGGAAAACUGGAUCCGGACCUUGAGGUUUCAGGGAAAGUGAGUUAUAAUGGACAUGAAAUGAAUGAGUUUGUAGCUCAAAGAACAGCAGCUUAUAUAAGUCAAAACGAUGUACAUAUUGGAGAAAUGACAGUAAGAGAAACCUUGGCUUUUUCUGCAAGCCAAGGGGUAGGAUCACGUUAUGACUUGCUUGCUGAGCUAUCAAGAAGAGAGAUAGAAGCAAAUAUUAAGCCUGAUCCAGAUAUUGAUAUCUACAUGAAGGCAACUGCCUCUAAAGGCCAGGAGGCAAACGAGAUGAUGACUGAGUAUGUACUUAAGAUUUUGGGGCUGGAAAUUUGUGCUGAUACUAUGGUUGGAGAUCAAAUGUUACGUGGCAUCUCUGGCGGACAACGGAAACGUGUUACUACAGGAGAGAUGAUGGUUGGACCAGCAAAUGCAAUGUUCAUGGACGAAAUAUCCACAGGCUUAGAUAGUUCUACAACUUUUCAAAUUGUGAAAUGUCUAAGGCAAAUUGUUCACAUUAUGAAUGGAACUGCACUUAUCUCUUUGCUACAGCCUGCACCUGAGGCUUAUGAGCUUUUUGAUGACAUUAUUCUUCUCUCUGAUGGCCAAAUUGUGUACCAAGGACCACGUGAACAUGUCCUUGAGUUUUUUGAGCAUAUGGGUUUUAAAUGUCCUGAGAGGAAAGGUGUUGCUGACUUCCUUCAAGAAGUUACUUCAAAGAAGGAUCAAGAGCAGUAUUGGAUGCAUAGAGAUGAGCCAUACAGUUUUGUGACAGUGACUGAAUUUGCUGAGGCAUUUCAAUCAUUUCAUGUGGGUAGAAAAAUUGGAGAUGAGCUUUCUGUUCCAUUUGAUAAGGCCAAGAACCAUCCAGCUGCUUUAACAACCAAGAAAUAUGGUAUUAGCAAGAUGGAAUUGCUCAAAGUUAAUUUCUCAAGAGAGUUCUUGCUUAUGAAAAGGAACUCAUUUGUCUACAUAUUCAAGCUAUGCCAGCUUUCAAUAAUGGCAAUAAUAGCAAUGACAGUAUUCCUACGAACUGAGAUGCACAAGGAUUCAGUGGACCAAGGAGGAUUUUAUGUUGGAGCUUUGUUUUUUGCUAUUGUAAUGUUAAUGUUCAAUGGGAUGUCUGAGAUGUCUAUGACUAUUGGGAAGCUUCCUGUUUUCUACAAGCAACGAGACCUCUUUUUCUAUCCUGCAUGGGCAUAUGCUAUUCCUGGUUGGAUCCUCAAGAUCCCAAUUACGGUUGAAGCUAUUGUUUGGGUUGGCCUAACCUAUUAUGUUAUUGGAUUUGACUCGAAUGCUGGCAGGUUUUUCAAGCAAUGCUUUCUACUAUUUGUACUUGGACAAUUAGCUUCUGCAAUGUUCAGAACAAUUGCAGCAACAAGUAGAAACAUGAUAAUUGCAAAUACAUUUGGAGCAUUUGCAAUAGUCACUCUUCUAACAUUGGGAGGCUUCAUCUUGUCAAGAGAGGAUAUCAAGAAAUGGUGGAUAUGGGGUUAUUGGAUUUCACCUAUGAUGUAUGGCCAGAAUGCUAUAAUGGUUAAUGAGUUCCUUGGGCAUAGUUGGAACCAUGUCGUCUCAGGUUCAUCUGAGCCACUGGGAGUUGUAAUUCUCAAGUCUCGUGGGUUCUUCACACAUGCAUAUUGGUACUGGAUAGGUGUUGGAGCAUUGAUUGGAUUUAUACUUUUACUCAAUAUUACUUUCACUCUAGCACUCACAUUUCUCAGUCCAUUUGAGAAGCCACAAGCUGUAAUACCUGAAGAAUCUCCUGACAAAGAUCAAGAAAGUAUUGAGUUAACAAGUAGACAAGGUAGCAUGGAUGAUAAAGAGAGUGCCUCUUCAAGGUCUACAUCAGUAAUGUCAGAAGGAAUGGUUAAUUCAAGCCAAAAUAGGAAAAGAGGAAUGGUUCUUCCAUUUGAACCACAUUCAAUCACCUUUGAUGAAAUUACUUACUCUGUUGACAUGCCUCAGGAGAUGAAGAUGCAAGGUGUAGUUGAGGACAAACUAGUGCUUCUAAGAGGUGUUAGUGGAGCAUUUAGGCCAGGUGUUCUCACAGCUCUGAUGGGUGUGAGUGGAGCAGGAAAAACAACUUUAAUGGAUGUUCUAGCGGGUAGGAAAACUGGUGGAUAUAUUGAAGGCAACAUAACUAUUUCAGGAUAUCCCAAAAAGCAAGAAACUUUUGCUCGAAUCUCAGGUUAUUGUGAGCAGAAUGAUAUUCACUCUCCUCAUGUCACAGUUUAUGAAUCCUUACUUUACUCAGCAUGGCUUCGUUUGUCACAUGAAGUUGAUUCCAAAAGUAGAAAGAUGUUUAUUGAGGAAGUGAUGGAACUAGUGGAAUUGAACCCAUUAAGGAGAUCUUUGGUUGGUUUACCUGGUGAAAGUGGUCUCUCUACUGAACAGCGCAAAAGACUAACCAUAGCUGUUGAGCUAGUGGCUAAUCCAUCAAUAAUUUUUAUGGAUGAGCCUACUUCAGGAUUAGAUGCAAGAGCUGCUGCAAUUGUUAUGAGAACAGUUAGAAAUACAGUAGAUACAGGAAGAACAGUAGUUUGUACCAUUCACCAACCAAGCAUUGACAUAUUUGAAGCUUUUGAUGAGCUUUUAUUAUUGAAGCGAGGAGGACAAGAAAUUUAUGUUGGGCCAUUAGGUCGUUAUUCUCGUCAUCUCAUCAAGUAUUUUGAGGGGAUUGAAGGGAUUAAUAAAAUUAAAGAUGGGUACAACCCAGCAACUUGGAUGUUAGAAGUUACAACUCAAGCACAAGAAAUGGUUUUAGGUGUUGAUUUUUCAGAUCUAUACAAAAAAUCUGAACUAUACAGGAGGAAUAAAGAACUCAUAGCAGAAUUGAGCAAGCCUAUUCCUGGUUCAAAAGAGCUCUAUUUUGCUACACAAUAUGCACAACCAUUUUUGGUGCAAUGCAUGGCUUGCUUAUGGAAACAACACUGGUCAUACUGGAGAAACCCUCCAUAUACUGCAGUAAGGCACUUGUUCACGACUUUUAUAGCUUUGAUCUUUGGAACAAUGUUCUGGGAUCUUGGAUCCAAAAUAAAGAAGAAACAAGAUUUAUAUAAUGCCAUGGGUUCAAUGUACAAUGCUGUGCUCUUCCUUGGGAUACAAAAUGCAUCUUCAGUGCAACCAGUGGUGGCUAUUGAACGAACUGUAUUUUAUAGAGAAAAAGCUGCAGGAAUGUACUCAGCAUUUCCCUAUGCAUUUGCACAAGUUACAAUAGAGCUACCUUAUAUUCUGGCACAAGCUGUAACAUAUGGUGUGAUAGUAUAUGCCAUGAUGGGAUUUGAUUGGACUGUAGCAAAAUUCUUUUGGUAUCUCUUCUUUAUGUACUUCACAUUCCUAUACUUCACAUUUUAUGGCAUGAUGACUGUAGCUGUCACUCCAAAUCAUCAUGUUGCUGCCAUUGUUGCUGCUGCAUUUUAUGCAGUGUGGAAUCUCUUUUCAGGAUUCCUCAUCCCAAGAAUCGGGAUUCCGGUGUGGUGGAGAUGGUACUAUUGGGCAUGUCCAGUAGCGUGGACUUUGUAUGGAUUAUUGGCUUCGCAAUAUGGAGAUGUGACGUCGACCAUUGAGGGAGGUGUAGCAGUAAAUGAGUUUCUUCAAAGUUAUUUUGGAUUUAAAGAUGAUUUUGUUGGAGUUGUUGCUGUUGUUGUUGUUGCCUUCACUGUCUUCUUUGCAUUCAUCUUUGCCUUUUCUAUAAAAGUCUUCAACUUUCAGAGGCGAUAAACUUUAAAUUUUAAUCAAUAUUAUUCACAGUGUCAUCCAAUUGUA